GAGACACACCGAUAAGCUAUGAAUGGGGGAUGGCAGCCGGCUCAGACUGACUCAGGGACACACUCCUGCUUCUCUAGCGUACCUCACUACAGCUGCAGUCAAAGCGAUGCAAGAGGAGAUGACGAGAGGAGAGAGCAUGGUGGAGGGAGGCAGGCAGGGCGGGGCUGCUGAGUGACAGCAGCAGGAGGCAGGAGAGUGAGGAAGCUGCUCAGCAGACGACCAAGAACCAGAGAGAGGAGGAGGAGGAGGAGGAGAGAGAGAGUCUAUCCACAGGACGUGAGUGCCGGCAGCAGAGGAGGGGGGGGGGCUUCCAGACUGGAUGGGCCCAGCGAUGCCUUGAUGGAGUAUGGGCCAGGUUUUAGGAUUCUCCCACUGCCAGGAAUAUGGCUCUGUGGCAUCCACUCCGGACUCAACUCCUCCAUGCACCGAUGGCGGAAACGAGGAGUCCGAGAUGUGCGAGCUGCAGACAGCCAGGGAGUGGUCUGACGACGACGUGGGGGGAGAUGGAGAUCCAGAUGAUGACGAGGGACUGGCUUCAUCCCCGUCCAUUUGGGGCACGCCGCGCCAGCACUCCUACGAGCUGACUUUCUCUUACAUCGCCAUCGCCGAGGCCGAAGCGGUGGGAGCCUCGAGACACAUCCGUGACAGACGCAGGGGCGGAUCUCGGGGAAGUCGCACCCCUUUGAUCCGCACGGACACCCUGGAAACGCUGCUGGACUCCCCCGAUGUAGAUUGGGACCCUCAGGCCUUUGUCAAUCAAGAGGAAGAAGAGGAAGAAAGGAGAGAGCAAGGGAGGGCUGAGGCAGCAGAGAGGAGGGAGCAGCACAGACAAACUGAGACUAUUACAAUUCAGCCCUCUCCCCAAAAUCUGGACCCAGAAACUCAGGAGAGAGACGCAGGAAUCCAAAGAGAGGAAUCUCCGAGCAGUCUGACCCAGAUUGCCCAGCAUCCCUCCCAGUCUUCCCAGCAUCAAAGCCCCUCACCGAUACAUCAAGCAGCAGCCUCACCGACCCCCGAGCCAGAGUCUCCCGUCACCAGGGAGAGCAUUUCAGUCAAGCUCCUUACAUCUGUGCGACCCAGAGGCCCGGCGUCCUCGUCGCCAGCUGCUAUUGGUCGAAACUCUCAGGAACAGCUGGUCAGCGAUCACUGGUUUUCAGCACUUAACCUAUCAGAGGACCCGACAGUAUGCACUCACAUAGCAGUAAUGGACCUGAUCUACUGGAAGGACACGGAGCGAACAGGCAUGAUCCUAACGGGCUUAGUGGUCGGCCUGCUGUCCCUGUUCCAGCUCAGCAUCAUCACCGUCAUCUCCACAGUCUCACUGGCUGUCAUGUGCUUCACCAUCUCUGUGCGCAUCUACUACCAAGUCCUCUACAUCCUGAACUGGGGUGACGGAGAGCACCCCUUCAAGUCAUACCUGGGCCUGGACAUCAGUUUCAGUGGAGAGGAGGCUGAUGGUUAUAUGCAGAAAGCCAUCGUCAUGGUUCUGUCUGCUCUCGACUCUCUGAAGGGACUCUUUUUUGUUAGAAACCUCGUUGAGUCCAUCAAGUUCCUGGUUCUGAUGUACCUUGUGACGUACCUGGGAGAGCUGUGCAAUGGCCUUACUCUGCUCAUCAUCAGUGUGAUCGCUCUCUUUUCUCUGCCACUUUUCUACAGACAACGCCAGGAGCAGGUGGAUGCGUUCACUGCAAAAAUCCAGGCCAACAUUGACAACGUCAAGGACACCUUUCAAAGACUUGCCCAUGGUGGUGGCCCUCCUCCUGACCCAACUCCUGGUGGCGCCAAACCCAAAACCCAGUAAACACUGAUGGACAAGGACUUAAAGAAAAGCUCCCAGAGUUGCAGGCUGUCACUCAGAUGUCUUACCCAGCAGUCUGUGCUCACGGCUCCAGAGAACGGAGCUCCAGAGACUGGGGAAGGGAAGGGAGGUUACUUAAACGGACAAUGACGAGGAUCACGCAUGGUACUUUAUACUCUUACUGUAUCUAAGUUAUGGGGGUUGGAGGUUGGGGAUGGGGUUAAAACUUAAGGUGAAAUCAAGGUGUAUGAAUCCUGGAUGAGACUCUUGCUGCUGAUGUCAGAGGCGGAAAGAUUCAGUGACACAGCUUGUCGUAUGUGACCAUCCUUGGAAGUACUCACUGUUUUUAAUAUGUACCAAUGACUCAAGAAGUGUCUUAGAUUGUUGAGAGAUGUAGUCCAAAUGAGGUACUAAGACCAGGAGUGGGAAGUGCCCACACGACAGCUACUCGCCUGAGAAGAGGGAGGUCAGUUGUUGAGGUAAAAACAGGGGUCAUCAUUACUCAUGGCAGCAUCAAACUGGCAAUUAAAGAUGCAUGUGUCAGCACAUGUACUUUUUCUGAUUGCGUAAUCAUCGUCAUGACUGUAUCUGUGUGUGUGUGUGCAAGGAUGAGCGUGUGUGUGCGUGUGUGUAUGUGUAUGUGUGUGCAUGUGUAAUUCCUGACAUACAGCUUGCUGAAAUGAAAAUGUUACCUACAAACAAUUAAAGUCACGUUUCUUCUUCAUUUUCCAAAACUUUGUUUCUUCUCACAAAUAUUCACAUUCAUUCACACUAUUAUUUUAUUUAUUUAUUUUCCUGGUCAUGUUUUCUCAUGCUCACUGCACUGGGAAGUUGUGAAGUUGUAACAUAUAUUCAGAGGGAUAAAGAUGGAUUCUUCUGCUAAGUUCAACAAUUAGGUUGUAUCAUAAACAGAGUGAAAUUACUCGACAGGAAGUCCCCCACUGACAGUGCGUCAGAAGUACUUAAGGUAUCAGUGUUAAUGUUAGGAUUGGUUGAACUGAUGAUACAAGAUUUCAGAUGGAUAUCCUCCCUGAGGAAUGUGAUUAUUUUCAGCCUUGUGAAGAAACGUGGGAGUGAAAUACAGCAGGUGCCUUUCUAACUGCAGGUUACAGUGCAUGAUCUGAUCCACAGUAUUUACACCCGCUGACAGCAGCUUCCAGCAACCUCUCCUCCCAUUACCAACCACUUCUCAUCACCUCACCAUUGCCUUCCUGAGAAUGGUGUUCUGUACGUGUACAAUACUUGUGUGACGUGCACCAUGACAAGGUAUCUUAUACAGAAUUGUAAGCAGAUCCAUUUUAGGAAUAAUAAAAUUAUUCAGGAUAAGCUGCA